AAAAACCUCAUAAAAUUGUUGAAAAAGCCGGCCAAGUAUUAACAAUCUGUUUUACUCCACACAACUUUAAAAAUACUUCGGAUCGUGGUUGGGAAUAGGGGCGGGGAAGUGCACUAAUCCUAGUGCCGGGGCAAAGGUUUCAUAACUUUACCUACAGAUUACAGUUUUUAUUUUGGACGCGGCUCAAUAUUACAGAUGACCGCAGUGCCCCAAAGCGCCGGGGGAAAGGUUUUCACGGGGCGAGGCGACAGACGCAGGGGACAAGGUGGCCCGGUGGUGGUACCCACGCCCAUUCGGCAGCCUUCCAGCUUCGGUGGCCAAGAUUACCCACCUCGCCUGGAGUCAACUGCACUUCAGGGCCUGGGGCAUAAGAGAACCCACCGCCCGCCCCGAGCCACGUGCGUAGCGCGCCCCGCCCCUCGCUCACAGCCGGCGGAGCGAGGCGCGAGCCCGUCGCGAGUCACAGAUGUUCGGUGCGCGGCCCGCCCCUGCGCCCGCAGAGGGGGCCGCCGUAGCCCACGAGCUAGGGAAUCGCCCAGUUCGCUCUCCUUCCCCCUCGGCUGGCCGCGGGGGCGGGGCCAGCCCUCAAGCAGGGCGACACCCAGGCGGGAUCCUCAGUCAACCACCGCGGGCGGCGGCCCGGCGAGGGCAGGAGCCGGUGAGCGGCCACGUCACGCUCCUCCGGAAGGCCCCGCCCCCACUCUAUCCUUUCGGACCGCCCCCUCCACGCCCCCGCCUCCGCCUCUGACCCCACGAGCAGUUACUGGCUCUGGGAGUGCGAGCUUACCUGACUCUGCUAGAGAGCUCAGUUUCCCCCAAAUUAUAAAAGCAGGAAAACUCAAGACAAAGAAAUCCAACAAGGCUAGUGAUUUCAGUGAUAUGGCGAACUGGCCAACACCAAGUGAAUUAGUGAACACUGAAAAAACCUUUUUGCAGUGUCAGAGUGUCAUCAGCCUAGGAAAUAAGAAGCCACAAAAUAGAAAAGAAAGAGAAGACAAGUUUGAAAAGAGAAGUAACAGUGAAAGCAAAGAAAGCCGGGAAACAAAAUUAGAUGGUCCUGGUGAAAAUGUCAGUGAGGAUGAGGCUCAGUCAAGUAAUCAACGAAAGAAAGCUAAUAAGCACAAGUGGGUACCUCUUCACUUAGAUGAUGUAAGACCAGACAGUCAAGAAAGACCGGGGUCCAGGAAUAGCUCAAGAUGUCAACCUGAAGCAAAUAAAUCAUCACAUAACAAUAGGAGAAAUGACACACGAAGUUGGAGGCAUGAAAGAGAAAAGAGAGAUGAUCAAGAUGAAGUUUCCAGUGUGAGAAGUGAGGGUGGUAAUAUCCGAGGUACCUUUAGAGGCAGAGGAAGAGGCCGAGGACGGGGAAGAGGACGAGGCAGAGGAAAUCCGCAAUUGCACUUUGAUUAUUCAUAUGGUUAUCAAGAACGUGGUGAAAGGACUGGUCAACCAUUUGAAACAGAACUUAAUACCAGUAUGAUGUAUUACUAUGAUGAUGGUACAGGCGUACAGGUGUAUCCUGUGGAAGAAGCAUUGCUUAAAGAGUAUAUUAAACGCCAAAUUGAAUAUUACUUCAGUAUAGAAAACUUGGAACGGGACUUCUUUCUUAGGAGAAAGAUGGAUGAGCAAGGUUUCUUGCCUAUUUCCCUGAUUGCUGGUUUCCACCGUGUUCAGGCUCUCACUACAAACCUUAAUCUCAUUUUAGAGGCACUGAAAGAUAGCACAGAAGUGGAAAUUGUGGAUGAGAAAAUGAGAAAAAAGAUAGAACCAGAAAAAUGGCCAAUUCCGGGCCCUCCUCCACAUAGUGUGCCACAAACAGACUUCUCUCAACUAAUUGAUUGCCCGGAGUUUGUACCAGGCCAAGCCUUUGGUUCACAUACAGAGUCUGCCCCAAAUUCUCCAAGGAUUGGAAGUCCACUGAGCCCAAAGAAAAACAGUGAAACAAGUAAUCUUCAAGCAAUGUCUAGAGAUUUGUCUGCCAGUUUGCCCGACUUUGACUCAGAACCUUGGAUAGAAGUAAAAAAGAGACAUCGUCCAUCCCCAGUGAAAUUGAAGGAAUCACCACUUCUAUCUGAAGAGGCAUCAAAUCAACUAUAUCUUCCAGAUGAACAAGAACAAGAAGAACUUGAUUUUUUAUUUGAUGAAGAGAUGGAACAAAUAGAAGGGCGAAAAAACACAUUUACUAAUUGGUCUGAUAAUGAUUCAGAUUAUGAAAUUGAUGACCAGGAUUUAAACAAGAUUUUGAUUGUAACUCAGACACCACCUUACAUGAGAAAGCAUCCUGGAGGAGAUCGAACAGGCAACCACAUGUCUCGGGCAAAAAUUACAUCUGAACUUGCUAAAGUUAUCAAUGAUGGCUUAUAUUAUUAUGAGCAGGAUUUGUUGAUGGAAGAAGAUGAAAACAAACACACAGCCAUAAAGCAAGAAGUUGAGAACUUUAAGAAGCUAAAUCUCAUUAGUAAAGAGCAGUUUGAAAACCUAACACCUGAACUUCCUUUUGAGCCAAACCAAGAAGUUCCUGUAGCACCUUCACAGGCCAGGCAAGCUUUUUAUUUUGCAGAUUUGACCGAUGAAUUAGCUCAGAAGUUGUUAGAUGUUUCAGAAAUGUCUUCAGCAACAAUGGCCCGUUCAUUACCCACAGCAGUUCCAGAAUCUCCUAGAAUUUAUCCUUCAAGGACACCCAAAACACCUCGAACACCUAGAUUACAGGAUCCAAACAAAACACCAAGAUUUUAUCCUGUUGUUAAAGAACCCAAAGCCAUUGAUGUAAAGAGUCCAAGAAAGAGAAAAACAAGACAUAGUACAAAUCCCCCUCUAGAGUGUCAUGUUGGUUGGGUAAUGGAUUCCAGAGAUCACGGGCCAAGAACAUCCUCUGUCAGCAGUUCAAAUGCUUCGCCUUCAGAAGGUGCACCACUAAUAGGAAGUUAUGGAUGUACUCCUCAUUCAUUCCCAAAGUUCCAGCACCCUUCUCACGAACUUUUGAAGGAAAAUGGCUUUACCCAACAAGUGUACCACAAGUAUCGUAGAAGAUGCCUAAGUGAGAGAAAACACUUGGGAAUUGGCCAGUCCCAAGAAAUGAAUACCCUCUUUCGUUUCUGGUCCUUUUUCCUCAGAGAUCACUUCAAUAAAACAAUGUAUGAGGAAUUUAGACAACUUGCUUGGGAAGAUGCAAAAGAAAAUUACAGGUAUGGAUUAGAAUGUCUGUUCAGGUUUUAUAGUUAUGGCCUGGAAAAAAAAUUCAGACAAGAAAUUUUUAAGGAUUUCCAAGAAGAAACCAAAAAAGACUACGAAUCUGGUCAGCUAUAUGGAUUAGAAAAGUUUUGGGCUUAUCUAAAAUAUUCUAAAUCUAAGACACAGUCUAUUGACCCCAAACUUCAGGAAUACCUCUGUAGCUUUAAGAAGUUAGAAGACUUCCGUGUUGACCCCCCUAUAGGUGAGGAAUUUGGAAGAAAAAGACAUUCCUCUACUUCUGGUGAGUAGAGUAAUCGUCACAGACAUCCGUCUAAUUCCUCUACAAAGUCACCAAGUGCUGCUAAGCCUACACCUGACAAUCAGCUUCGGGUCCCAACAAACUCUCCCAGAAGGAAUACUUCACAGCAGUCCAAUGACAAUUCACACCAGAACAGUGCUGCCUCAGUCUCAACACAUGGUGAACUGCCUGAGAAAUAGACUCUUAUGAAAGUUGUUUGCCCUUGAAAUCAACAUUUACGUCAGUAUUUAUUGGGGGAAAUCCUCUGAUGUUUAAUUGUGAUAAUCAGAAAAAAGAAAAAGGAAGAAAAAUGGUAGCAUCUUUUUCUAGAAAGAUAAAUUCUAAAAACAUUUUCCCUGAUUUCACAAAUAAGUAUAAUUUUGGUAACCUUUUAUAGAGAUCCUCUAGUAAUAUAUUUUGGUCUCAAAUAUGUAUUUGAAAUAAUAUAUUUCUUUUUCAAAGCCAUUGUUUAUAAGAACAGCAUUCCUUAAAUAUAUACAAAAACAACACAAGGAAUGCCUAACAUUUCAGCUCAUACUUCUUAAAGAAGAUAUAGUAUGAUAUAGUCAUGUAUUCUAUAGAGCUUUCUUAAAGAAUCCAAUAACCCCACUGUCAAUUCAUAUUUGAACUUAUCAAAAACAAAGGACAAUUAUGUAUAUGUUUUUUUAAUUCAGAAAAAGAAUGUGAAAUGAUACAUUUGCUUUUCUUUUAGAUUUAU